AUGUCCAGGACGCCUUCCACCUCGACUCAGGAGAUCCAAAUGGACAUGUUCGACCCCCAUCCUCAAUCACAGGGCAAGUACGCCAAGAGGAAGAGCCGCUUCAAACGCUCCGAUGGAAGCACCUCUUCCGACACCACGUCCAACAGCUUCGUCCGACAGGGCUCGGCAGACUCCUACACGAGCCGGCCGUCGGACUCCGACGUUUCCCUGGAGGAGGAUCCCGAGGCCCUGAGGAAGGAGGCGGACAGGCAGGCCCUCGCCACGCUCGAGAAAGCAAAGACUAAACCUGUCGCCUUUGCGGUGCGGACAAAUGUGGGCUACAACCCGGGCCCCAGCGACGACGUUCCUGUGCAGGGCAUGGCCAUAUCCUUCGAAGCCAAAGACUUCCUACACAUUAAAGAGAAAUACAACAACGACUGGUGGAUCGGGCGUCUGGUGAAGGAGGGCUGCGAGGUGGGCUUCAUCCCCAGCCCGGUCAAGCUGGAGAACACCCGCCUUCUACAGGAACAGAGGAUGAGGCAGAACCGACUCAGCUCCAGUAAAUCCGGAGGAAGCUCUAGCCUGGAUGUUGCCACGGGAACGCGCAGGCCCACCCCACCUGGUACAGGCGGUCCGGCUAAACAGAAACAAAAGUCGAUGGAGCAUGUGCCUCCCUAUGACGUGGUUCCUUCCAUGAGACCCAUCAUCCUGGUCGGACCAUCACUCAAAGGCUACGAGGUGACAGACAUGAUGCAGAAGGCUCUCUUUGAUUUCCUGAAACACAAGUUCGAGGGAAGGAUAUCCAUUACGCGGGUAACAGCAGACAUCUCGCUGGCCAAGCGCUCGGUCCUCAAUAACCCCAGCAAACAUACCAUUAUCGAGCGCUCCAGCACCCGCUCUAGCCUGGCUGAGGUUCAGAGCGAGAUCGAGCGCAUCUUUGAGCUGGCCCGCACGCUGCAGCUGGUGGCCCUGGACGCCGACACCAUCAACCACCCGUCUCAGCUGGCCAAGACCUCGCUGGCUCCCAUCAUCGUCUACAUCAAGAUAGCAUCACCUAAGGUUCUGCAGAGGCUCAUCAAAUCCAGGGGGAAGUCCCAAGCCAAACACCUCAACGUGCAAAUGGUGGCAGCUGACAAGUUGGCUCAAUGCCCCCCUGAGCUGUUUGACAUAAUUCUGGAUGAGAACCAGCUGGAAGACGCCUGCGAGCACCUGGCCGACUACCUGGAGGCCUACUGGAAGGCCACACACCCGCCCAGCAGCAACCCACCCAACCCGCUGCUCAACCGCACCAUGGCCACGGCCGCGUUGGCCGCCUCGCCCGAGCCUGUCUCCAACCUGCAGGGAUCCAACCUGGUGCACGGCGAGCCCCCCAAGCGGGAGGGGACGGAGUGCGGCGGGAGCGAAUACCACGGCGACCUGGGCGGAAAACCUCAGCAUCAGCAACACCAUCAACAACAACAACAGUCGUACCUGCGCUCCUCCCGCGGCCAACCCCGAGGGGGCAGCGGCCGCGGCCUAUCCCGGCAAGACACCUUCGACUCGGAGACGCAGGGCAGCCGUGAUUCGGCGUACACCGAGGCCGGAGACUCCUGCAUGGACAUUGAGACCGACCCCUAUGAGGAGCCAGAGCCUUACCGCGGAGGAGGCGGCGGAGGAGGGGGCAGCCGCCUACACCUGGCGCAUCACCACGGGCGCCAGGCGUCCUGGGAAGACGAGGGAGCUGAGCCGGACCAAGAGAAUCUGAACCAGCCGCCAGCACCCAGUCAGGGAGGGCAGCAACAUCACGGGCGAGCCAAGCUGAGGGAGCGCUACUGCCAGGAGCCGCUGGACACGGGGGCCAACAAGGGCCGCAACAAGAACCAGGAUGACUGGGGCAGGGACGUCUACAUCCGCUGAGGGGAGAGAAGAGGAGCAAAUGACAAAUGUUUACAUCCGACAACGACAGUCAUCCCCCACUAUUUGUAGGGCAUAGCCUCCCUAAAAAUGCUUAUUGCCUAUAUUCUCAAACUUUUUACAACACCUUUAAAAAAUACUUGGCUCUGCAAGUACCACCAUAGUGACCAACAGUAAAAUACAGUGGUGUAGUGGGCCUAAGGGUUCACCUAAAAUUAAAUAAUAAAAUGAUUCAUAAAAGGUAUUUUUAAUAUUACUAUGACAAUUUAAAAAAACUUUACUUCAAUAAUAAAAUUAUUAUAAUGUACUGCACAUUCAAGUUAAAUAGAAAUUAUACCUAAAUCUUUGAAAACAGACACUUAAAUGCAAAUGUAUUGUACUUAAAAAAUUAAAUACAACUGCACUGUAUUUAACAAAUGUACAAUACUGGAUUAAAAAAAUAGUAAGACACUGUAACAUUAUGCACAAUUUGAAUAUUUAAUUCAGUGAUUCUUUCAUGUACCACUAGAGGGAGCCUACAUACGACCUGUGGUACUUUGUGAAUCACUGGCCUCUAUUAACUCACACCAAUCCGGCAUAUUAGGGCGUUACAGAAAGACCACCAAAAUACACUGAGGUACCGCAAAUAGGUGAGUUUUUCAGGGAAUAACGGAGGAUGGUUUCCCCCAAAACAGUCGAUAAGGGGAAUUUGCGAAUAGUGGGAGGUUUCUGUACUUUGCUUUUACGUGUUAAUACUGCAUGAAUGUCACAAGACAGCACGAGGACACUACAUGUUCUGAUUGUCAUCUCCGUCAAGCUUCAGUAAAAUGCGAGGACGUCGUCACGUCUGUCCUCGAAGUCUUAAACAGGGUCUAUAUCACCCCCACCCUCCAACCCCGCCCCAACUGACCCCAAUCACCCCCACCCCCAGUGUGCAGUGCCUCCAUGCCUUCCCUUUUCGAAUCUCCACUUCUUAUCACCCGGACCUUAAAAUGCAGGUGGAGAAGUCGCUCU